AUGCACCGAAGGCCUGCUUUUAUUACGACUCCAAUAUUUUACGCCAACGCAGGGCCUCAUAUUGGUCACGCCUACACACUCUGUGUAGCAGAUGCAUGGUCACGGUUCUCGGGCAUACGCCAUCAUCCCUGCCUCCAAGCCUUCCCUCCUCAUCGCACACCCAUGAGGCCGCCUCAAAUAACGGGCUUCCUUUCCACAGGCGUGGAUGAACAUGGUUCUAAGAUCUCUCGUACAGCAUCCAACCUCCGUUUUACUCCAAAGCAGCUCUGCGAUCAAGUAUCGCUGCAAUUUAGGGAUCUUUGCAAAAGCCUUCACGUAGAUGCCAGCGCGUUUAUGAGAACGACCAGUGAAAGGCACAUGCUAACUGUUCAGGAUGUUUGGCGAACCCUCGAUAAGUCAGACCAUCUCUAUUGGAGUGCUUACUCUGGGUGGUACUCGACCACCGACGAGGCAUUCUAUAGUGACUGGGAGGUCGACACGUCCCCGUUGGGCGCAGUCUCGAAGACUUCAGGCAACCAAGUCCAUUGGGUGGAGGAAGAGACCUUCCGUUUUCGCCUCUCUGCUUUCAAGCCCAAGUUGCACGUCUGGCUAGACUCGGGAGUACUCCCCAAUGAGUCACCCGAGCACGCGGGGUUGUUGGCACUGACGCACAAGACCCUCGAUCGCCUUGAAGACCCCUGCGUGUCGCGGCCUAGCUCGCGCGUUCCCUGGGGCAUCCCCGUUCCCGGCCGGAUCGAUCAAACUAUCUACGUUUGGUUCGACGCUCUGAUGAACUACCUGACGGCUGGAGGCGUCUCGUUCACCGCAGAUGGCAAUUCGCAGGCUUUGUGGCCACCUGACAUCCACUUUGUCGGCAAGGAUAUUCUCUGCUUCCACGCGAUUCUCUGGCCGGCAAUCUUAAUGGCUCUAGAUUUGCCCCUACCAAAGAAGAUCAUCCCCCACGGCCACAUCCUUGUCGGGGGCACAAAGAUGUCCAAGAGUCUGGGAAAUGUCCUGAGUCCGGCGGACGUGCUCGGCGACUUGUCUCGCGCACUUUCUGUGUCUCCAGUCCACGGGGAGGUGGACGCCGAGUCGGUUGCCUCGGACUGCCUUCGCUACUGCCUGGUACGCAGUGUAAUUACCUCCAAGAAGAUCGCACCGAACCAAACCGCGCCGAUGCUAGACCUCGCUGAGGCUCAGCAGUUCCUGUCUGCGCCUGCGGAUGCCAAAUUUUUCAAUGAUCUUUCGCAGCUGCCUUUUGUCUUCGACGACUUUUGGUGGGAUCGCCUGCUGCCGAACCGGUCGGUUGACGCUGUGAUGCACGUGGUGCGACAGACCAACGCCUUCGUGGACCGUCACAAGCCGUGGGCGGCGGGAGGCGAUGGCGACGCGCAGGCGGUCGUGGGAGUCGCCCUGGAGGCCCUCCGAUUGGUUGGGUGCUGUCUCUCACCCCUCACCCCCUACCUCUCAAACCGCCUCCUCAACUGCCUGGGGCUUCACCCUGGCAAGUUGAGGGGCCACUCGUGGCGGUUGGAUUUGACCCACCAACCCUUAAUCCCACGGCUUAAUGUGUGA